AUGGCAAGAGCUGAGAGCCCAGGAGGACACCCCAGGACUGUUCUAAUCACCGGUUGCUCUUCAGGAAUUGGUCUACAUCUGGCUGUAAAGUUGGCCCAGGAUCCUCAACAGAGGUACCAUGUGACUGCCACCAUGCGGGACCUGGGCAAGAAGGAGAAACUGGAGGCUGCAGCUGGCGAGGCUCUGGGCCGGACCUUGACUGUGGCACAGAUGGAUGUCUGCAGUGAGGACUCCGUAUCUGCCUGCCUAAGCAACAUUGAGGGAGAGCCUUUGGAUGUGCUAGUGAACAAUGCAGGUCUGGGACUUGUAGGGCCUCUGGAGGGCCUCAAUAUGGCAGACAUCAGGAAGGUCUUUGAAACCAACUUCUUCGGGGCAGUCCAGCUGAUCAAGGCUGUGCUGCCCAGCAUGAAGCAGAGACGUAGGGGCCACAUCGUGGUGGUCAGCAGUGUCAUGGGAUUGCAGGGUGUCGUAUUCAAUGAUAUCUACUCAGCCUCCAAGUUUGCACUGGAGGGGUUCUGUGAGAGUCUGGCUGUGCAGCUGCUGCGGUUUAAUAUCUUUGUGUCCUUGGUGGAACCAGGGCCAGUGAACACAGAUUUUGAGGCCAAAUUAGUGGCCAAGGUCUCCAAGGAUGAUUUUCCAGGCACUGAUCCUGACACUUUGAGCUACUUUCUAGAUGUUUACCUCCCAGCAUCGAAGGAUAUUUUCCAGACCCUGGGCCAGAGCCCUGAGGAUGUUGCUCAGGCCAUCGCCCAGGUGAUUGGCUCUGCACAGCCGUCCCUUCGCUAUCAGACCAACGCCCUCUAUAUGCCCCUGACUGCCCUGAAGUAUGCUGACCCUUCCGGAGACCUCUCUGUCCGAACCUUCUACCGUGUCCUCUUUCGAUGCCAACCCCUUUUCCGGUUCAGCCUCUGUUGUCUCCGUUGCCUCUCUGGGAACUGCCUCCGGCCCAGGGUCACACCCAUGUGAGGGGGCCUCACAUAUGUGGAGGGUUCAGAGCCAUGUGAACAAGACAUGUAUGGGGAAGGUCAUAUACCUAUG